UGGCGGGGGGCGAUGACUGUAGGAGCCUUGCGCAUUGGGUUGUUUGGGUGUGGAACGGUCGGCGGCGGCGUGUUCCAGAUUCUUGAGUCCCGCGCAACGUUCCUCAAGAGCAUUGGGGUGAACGCCACAAUUGAAAAGAUCUGCGUGCGGAAUGCAACCAAGCCCGAGUUGGUCGCGUUGGUCCAAGGCCACUCGACCACGAUCACGACCAAGUACGACGACAUUUUGGAAGACAGCUCGAUCAACUGCAUUGUGGAACUCAUGGGGGGGGUGACAGACGCGAAGGACGUUGUGUUUAAGGCGAUUCAGAAGAACAAGCACGUUAUCACGGCCAACAAGGCGCUCGUAGCAAGCUACAUGACAGAACUCAGCGACCUGCUGCAAGCCCAUCCUACCGUCCGAUUUGGCUAUGAAGCGUCCGUGUGCGGUGGCAUUCCUAUCAUCCACACGCUGCAAAGCUCAUACUCGGGCGACGUGGUCAAGGAAAUCGCUGGCAUCAUGAACGGCACCACCAACUACAUGCUGUCUAAGAUGGAGACGGAAGGCGCAUCCUAUGAAGCUGUGCUCAAGGAAGCACAGGACUUGGGCUACGCCGAGGCGAACCCGAGCGCGGACGUGGACGGAUUCGACGUCCAAGCGAAGAUUGCCAUUUUGGCCAAGCUCGGCUUUGGUUGCGUCAUCCCGCCUUCAACUAUUCCCACCACAGGCAUCACGCGCAUCAAAUCGAUCGACUUCGAGUACGCGCAGCUGAUGAACAGCACGAUCAAGCUGUUGGGGGUGGCAAAGCGGUCGAACCCGAAAGCUCCGAACGAGAUUUCGGUGUUUGUGUCGCCAAUCAUCGUCCCCCGCAGCAACGUCAUUGGCACGUGCGGCGGCGCCAGCAACAUUGUGAACGUUGUGUCGGAGAACUGCGUGAACGGCGCGUACGUGGGCCAAGGGGCGGGUCGGUUUCCGACUGCCAACUCAGUCGCGAACGACAUUGUGCGGCUCGCGCAGGGUCUCGUGCCGUCGUCGCCAUUUGCCGCAACUCAAAACGUGACGAUCCAAAAUGACUUUUCCGGCAAGUUUUACGUCCGCAUUCGUAUCUCGGACGGUCUCGGCAUCAUUCGCCGCGUGGGUGACGAAGCCGAGAAGGCUGGCAUUUCGAUCGACUCGAUCUUGCAGUUGCCGAUCCAAGACAGUCGCAACGUCGACUUUGUCGUGACGACGGAUGUGACUCACCUGUCCAAGGUCCACGUCAUGGCCAAGGGCAUCGAAGCGCUGCCGUUUGUAUUGGAGCCGCCACUGUUCCUUCCCAUGCUGUAACCCAUCUCGACGUGACUCCCACCAGCGUUCGGGUGCACCGCCAAAGAGCCCGCCAGUUCGUGAGAAGUAGUAUGCCAGCUAUGCCAAGUUAUCAAAUCUGUUUUCGUUGAUCGGUUUUAAGACCAGACCAGGCGACGAAACCAAUGCGAUGUCGGGAAAACGUGGUCUUGACAGGAGGCCACUGAUUGAAGUGGAGAUUUGUCGUACGAGAGUUGGUUGCCACCUACAACGACAGCGCAUGCCGAAUUGUCAGGGACACCCGAGUGGCUGGCGCAA